AUGGAUCUAUCUGCGAAGAUCGCCGAGCUUGAAGCCGAAUUGCAAAGUGCGCCAAGUGCGCGUCGCAGUGCUUCCGUGACCGACUGGUACCCACGCAUACCCCCGCGGCAUACUUUGCUGGGUCACAGGCAACCGAUCACCAGCGUGGCGUUUCAUCCGACAUUCUCUCUUGUAGCGUCUGCAAGUGAAGAUUGCAGCAUCAAGAUAUGGGACUGGGAGACUGGCGAUCUCGAGCAGACACUCAAGGGACACACGAAGUCUAUCCAGAGCAUAUCUUUUGAUAACUCGGGACAGUAUCUUGUCUCUUGCUCGUCUGACCUGAGCACCAAAAUUUGGGACGGCAACGACGGGUGGAAAAAUAUUCGCACGCUUCAUGGGCACGACCACAGUGUGUCAUCCGUGUUAUUUAUGCCGGGUGACCAGCAUGUUGCGACUGCGAGCCGCGACAAGACAAUUAAACUAUGGGAGACAUCCACGGGCUUCUGUUCGCGCACGUUGAUCGGGCAUGAUGACUGGGUCCGUGCGAUUGCUGCUUCCUCUGACGGUCGGUGGCUGGCAAGUGGUUCAAGCGACCAAACUGUGCGUGUAUGGGAUAUUGCCUCUGGAGAGGUUCGUCAUGAGCUUCGAGGCCAUGAUCACGUUGUUGAGUGUGUCGUGUUUGCGCCGGUGGCAGCAUACGAGAAUAUUCGGACACUAGGGGCCAUUCAAGGAGCCAAAGACGAUCCUUCCGCGACGCAACCUGGCCUGUUCCUAGCUUCGGGCUCGCGCGACAAGACGCAUGGCCACGACAACUGGGUGCGCUCAAUUGCCUUUUCACCUAAUGGAAAAUUCCUUCUUUCUGUCUCCGACGACAAGACUCUGCGCGUGUGGGACCUAGCCACAGCGCGGAGGCGUAUUUCCUCUUACCUGGGACCUACGCGAUGCGCGGCGCGCGACGCUGCGCCGACGCGCUUGUCCGUUGGUCGUGCGUCGAAGAUGGAUCUCAGCGCUGUGCCUGUGCCCGUUGAGGAGCCUGGUUCGCCUAAAGAGGGGCUUCAUCUCUCUGCGCGUACAAUGACUGGCACGAAUGCCGCGGGCGGCACGUUUGGGCUGGGCCUUGAUCAGUUUGAGUUACCUAAGGCCUCAAUAGCCAAGCUUGCGCGCAGUGAGGUGCCUGCUGCGUCGCACGAUGUGGCCCUAGCUCGCGGAAACAAGACCAUUUCAGCGGCGCAUGUCAUGGAUGCCAUGCGCGAGCUGGAUUUCCCGCCGCACAUGCGGAGAGAGCUUCGCGAGCAGCUUGAAGCGUACCGAGACCUGCAGAAAAAGCAAGCGACGGCGCGCGCUGAGGCCGCCCAGCAGAGCCGGGAGCGUGCCAAGGCGGCGCGUGCGGCGGCGGCGGCGGCUGAGGCUAUGGAAGUGGAAGGGAGUGGACCAGUGGGCGAGAAGGAGGUCGAGGCCGAGCCUGAGGCGUCCGCAGAGGUGGAAGCCAAGGUGCCAGAUGCCCUUGCCGCGCCAAGCACGGAACGGCCUCCUGCUUGA